UCGCUCCUCUCCUCUCCUCCAUCCUGCUCUGCCUCGGUUCAGUUUUUUUUUCUUCUCAGCAGAAAGAGAAGAGUUGGAGAGCCCGGCUUCAACAGAACAACACUCCUGUCUGCUGAAUGCACAGGACAUAAAGGGAGGAAGCACCGUGAAACAACACGUGGUUAACGCACAGUCGGUUUACAGCAGAAUUUGUGGAGAAAAUGUGAAGAUCUUCUGUUGUCACAGUUGUUGGAGAAGUCAGCAGUAAACCGGGAAAGAUGGCGAGGGCUCGCAUGUUGCUCGCUUUGGCUCUGCUGGGAAUUUUCUUGCUCGGUGUCUCGGUGAAAGGACAGCAACAGGAGGAGGAGGAGAGAUCCUGUCAGGGCGCUUUCGACCUCUAUUUUGUCCUCGACAAGUCUGGAAGUGUGAAGCAUCACUGGGUAGAGAUUUACUCCUUUGUAAAGCAGCUGGCAGAGAAAUUUAUCAGCCCCAUGCUGCGAAUGUCUUUCAUCGUCUUCUCCACGCGAGGAAACAUCAUCAUGAAGCUGACUGAGAACAGGGAGGCCAUAGACAGAGGCUUAAGGGCUCUAGAGAAGGUUGUCCCUGGAGGAGACACAUUUAUGAACUUAGGCCUGGAGAUGGCUAACGCACAGAUUUAUCAAGAGAAACAUGGGACAGCCAGUGUUAUCAUUGCUCUGACUGAUGGAGAACUGAAUGAGUGGCAGUUUGACACCGCUCAGCGAGAGGCACAGAGGGCCCGGACUAUGGGAGCCAUUGUAUACUGUGUAGGGGUAAAAGAAUUCAACCAGACUCAGCUUGCAACUAUUGCAGAUACCAUGGAACAUGUGUUUCCUGUAUGGGGAGGCUUCCAAGCCCUCAGGGGAAUCAUUGACUCGAUUAUCAAGAAGUCCUGCAUUGAGAUUCUGGCUGCAGAGCCGUCCAGCGUGUGUGCAGGAGAGAGUUUCCAGGUGGUGGUGAGAGGCAACGGAUUUCUGCAUGCAAGAAAUAUUGACCAGGUUCUCUGCAGCUUCAAAUUAAAUGACACAUAUACUAUCGAUGAAAGACCAGCUGAAAUACAAGACACCUUCCUGCUCUGUCCUGCUCCUGUUAUAGAAGAGGUUGGAAGGGUGAUCUACCUGCAGGUCAGCAUGAAUGAGGGCCUCUCCUACAUCACCAGCUCUGUCCACAUCACCACGACUGAAUGUUUUGAUGGCACUAUUGUGCUAAUAUCUUUGCUGGUGGUGUUCCUGCUGUUGGCUCUGCUACUGAUGUGGUGGUUUUGGCCUCUCUGCUGCACCGUGGUGAUCAAAGAACCUCCACCUCCUCCUCCUCCAGAACCAGAAUCAGAUGAUGAAGAUGGGAUGCCAAAGAAGAGGUGGCCCACAGUGGAUGCAUCCUACUAUGGAGGGAGAGGCGUUGGUGGCAUCAAACGCAUGGAGGUGAGAUGGGGGGAGAAAGGAUCCACUGAGGAGGGUGCUAAGCUGGACAAACCUAAAAACGCAGUUGUAAAGAUGCCAGAGCAGGAGUUUGAACCGUUUGAGCCCAAGCCACGGAAACCUCCUCGUCGUCCCCCACAGCAGAGGAGAUGGUACACACCUAUCAAGGGGAAGCUGGAUGCUCUGUGGGCUCUGUUCAGAAGAGGUUAUGAUCAGGUGUCUUUGAUGAGACCACAGCCUGGAGAUGAGGGUCGCUGUAUCAGCUUCCAGCGGGUCAAAGACUCGGAGUCCACCCCAAACAACCGGCCCCCUCCUCCUCGUACACAUCCCUCUUCCUCACCGCCACCUCCUCCUCCUCCUCCACACGCCGAACAGCAACCCCUCGUCUCCAACUCUGUCCCCCGCACCAAACCUCCAACAAGAGGACCCCGCACCACGCCCCCUGCCCGAGCUCCCCCUCCUAUGACCCAGUCCGCUCACGCUCCGCCUCCUUCUCGUGCCCCUCCUGGACCUCCAGGACCCCCGCCCUCUCGACCCCCGCCCAGGCUCUGAUUGUGAGGAGAAGACCUAAACAGCUGGUUUCACAGAAACAUGUCCUCCUUUUAGACUCAGUCAUGAAAUCUUAAGGCAGGAGCUCCCACAUGAAGCUCUGUGCUUUGUUGCUGGACAGCAAGAAAUAUUUAUCAGAUUUUAAAGUCAUUGUUAUAGGAAAACAGCAUGUAGUUACCCGAUAAAGCCUGUAUGUACCAUUAGAUGUCAUGUUUUAGAGGUAAGAGGAAGUGCAAACCUUUGUGGAAGGUUAAAGGAUUUAUCUGUCAAAGUUGAUUAUGAAAGUUUGUGUGUGAUUGAUAGUAAAAAGGUGUGUUUGUUUGAGAAGUUGGAGAAUAAUAAUGUUGAGGAAACAUGGUGUAAAAUUCUGCUUCAAAAGAAAGAGUAUAGCACGUUAGUAAUGUUGGCUUAAAAUAUUUAGGUUUCACACUGAUUCACUGUUUUACCUUUUAAACCGAAGAAACUUUUCUACAUUCAGUUUUAGUUUAACUACGAUGAUCUUUUUGUAACUGCAGGGCAGUUUCUCCAUUCUUUAUUUAUUUUAAUACAAGCCCUUCCUGCAUCUGUUUUCUAUUUAGUAUCAGGUGGGUUUCUGGGUUUUAGAUCUUUGCAGGAGGGGAGUAUCAAGGUGGAUAUGAGGGAGCUUUCUGGCAUGCCAUCUGGUGUAUUUUUGAUCCUUUGGAGGGUUUUUACUGAACAUUUUGUAUCUUCAGGGUUGUCCUGUAUUCUGCAUUUACUGACUGAAAUGAUUGUUUGCAUUAUUUCUUUAUUAACAACCUUGUUUGUCUUUUUUCAAUAAACAAAAUGGGUUUUUUA